CGCUGGACUGGGGCCAGGCUGGAGCUGAGAGGAGUGGAGCUGAGAGGGAGCGCGCCUGCCCAGCCCGGAGUCCCGCUGCCUUCCCUGCCACAGAGCGGGCCAGCGGCCACCGCCCAACCAUGGAACCGGACAACAGCCCUCGGAAGAUCCAGUCCACGGUCCCGCUGCUGGAGCCACACCUUGACCCCGAGGCGGCGGAGCAGAUUCGGAGGCGUCGGCCCACCCCUGCUACGCUCGUGCUGACCAGUGACCAGUCAUCCCCAGAGAUAGAUGAAGACCGGAUCCCCAACCCCCUUCUCAAGUCCACUUUGGCCAUGUCUCCACGGCAACGGAAGAAGGUGACGAGGACCACACCUACAAUGAAAGAGCUUCAGAUGAUGGUUGAACAUCACCUGGGGCAACAGCAGCAGGGAGAGAAGCCUGAGGGAGCCGCUGAGAGCAAAGAGACCCAGGAGACCUGCCCACCUGAGACCACAGACACAGAAGCGGAGUCAAGACUGGGUGCCUCUGGGAAAGCACAAAAGCUUGCAGAAUCCACCCCAAAAACUCAGGAGAGGGGCAGUGAGAAACCCAGCACAGAAGAACUCUCAACCCAUAUAUCACCACUGGGUUCCCAGGGAGCCAACUCGCAGGUCUGAGAGUGAAGAGAGAUCCUGGGUACAAGCCUGCAGCUGGGAGUGCGUGGACACUGGAUUUGUUUCUUAUUUCUUCACUUUGGGGAAAAUCUCUUCUUUUUAAAAAGUGAUAAAUUUGGUGUUAGAUCCUU